AGCCCACUGACAACAAACAGCAGCGGGUAACAGCAGCAUCUGCCCGCGUCGCGCGCUGCUUGGUGCCAGAUAAGCAGGAACUAAACUCCCCUCAGCCGUUCUUCGGCUCUGCUGGACGCUUCGUGUCGCCCCAUGUUCGUUUAAACUCCGGGUUUGUUUCGCGUCCGCACAAAAUGACGAGUUACAAGGCGUUCCAUUCUCAGCUGACAUCCAUCAUGGAGGCGCUGACCAAAGCGGCGGUGGCGGAGAUCUGCGAGCUGGUGGAUGACAGCUACGCCGUGCUGCAGCUGGAGAUCACGCGCAGCCACAAGGAGAACGAGGCGCUGAGGAGGAAGCUGCAGCUGAUCGAGACCAUCAUCGCCAGGGGACACCGGCGGAACGCCGGGAUGUUGGAUUACGCGUCCCCGGAGGAGGAGGAGGAGGCCGCCGGGGGACGGAUGGAUUUCACAGAUGAACAUGUCUUGCCAAGCAGAUUGGGAGCCAAACAGCCGAAGGUGAACCUCAGAAGAAGUGGAAGAAACCCUGCUCUAGUCCCGGUGGCUGAGGUGGCUGCUGCAAACAAAGAGGACGCCAGAACAGCUGAACAGUCAAAUGAUCCGGAGGUGGUUCUGAUAAAGGAAGAAGCGGCGCGAGAGGAGGUGGCGGACGGCGCCUCCGCAGGGGAGCUGCUCCUCAACGAGGACGGAACAGAGGUGCAGCUACAGGAGGCAGAUGAAAGUGAAGGACCCUCUGUGAUGAGGGUCCCCUCCUCAGUGGUCGACACAAGGCCGUGGGAUCACAGCAAUAAACUGCCUGAGCGAGUGGAGCAUCGUGAAUGCCAGAGUGCACCAGGUUCUCCAGGCCCUGCAGGAGGUACUGGCACUGAGAAGAGCCCAGUCCAUGUAUUUGAUUUGGCAUCAGAGUCAGACAGUGAAACUCUGUCUGCAGCUGAAUUGAGCAAGUCUUUCCUUCUGAGGUCUGGAGGAAGCCCUGCAUCACUGCCGGGGACGUCUGAGCUGAAGCAGGGUGUGUCUCUGAUCACUUCCCUCCCCUUCGACACAGAGGUGGAUCUCUCCUCCACGUGGACCAAUCAGGGGCUGCCGGGCAUGGUGUCCGUGCCCCAUCGUUCAUACCUCCCAUCUGACCACCGUCCGACAGACCUGAACACGGCCAGCUUUCCUUUAACAUUAGGCCUAAGUGGCUCCAGACUGGACCCCGUGGACCUGAACAGGUACUACCGGGACAGGCGCUUCGUCUGCAGCUACUGCGGCAAAUGCUUUACAUCGUCGCGGAGCCUGGAGACACACGUGCGAGUCCACACCGGCGAGCGGCCGUACAGCUGCGCUCAGUGUGGGAAGCGGUUCACACAGUCGGGUCACCUGAAGACGCACCAGAGCGUCCACACGGGAGAGCGGCCCUUCGCCUGUGAGCACUGUGGGAAACGAUUCGCCGGGAAGCAGAACCUGAGGAUCCAUCAGCAGAAGCACCAUCUGGCUGAACAGGGAGCUGCUCCGGUUUAACUCGGCAGAAAGGAGGAGAGAUGAACACUGAAAGGGCUGAACACGGUGACCGGACCUGCUGAAAUAUAUGCACCUGUGGUCCUGCACAGUACAGAGGAACACGCAGUGAGCUCAAAGCUGUGAUGGACCAGAACCUUCCUGCUGUUAUCUGCCAAUUAAAACAGAGCUUUUUAUGUUGAAAUCUUUUUUAAAGAAGUUUUAAGAGAGUGGUUCUUUUCAUAAGAUUAUUCCAUAGUUUUACCUCUAGCUUCUGUCAGGCCUUGACUCUCUGAACUGCCUGGUUCAGAACCAUUGUUACCUCAAACAGAAGAUGAGCUGUUUUCCCAAACUUCAGGUCAGUGACCUGACUGCCUGGUGAAGCUGGUUACAUUUAUUGUUUGGUGUAUAUCUGAAAUUAUAAAUAAAUAUGUAAAAUUAAA